UGAGGGCACAGUUGAUUGGUGCAAGUGGUCGCGUUUGGUAGCAAAUUCAAAUGGACGGUACAUAACGGAACCAAAGUGCGGAAAGGCUUCCCGGAUUGCAUGAGUAACUUCACUGUUUGGCUGAUUGGUGUGUUUAGAAAUAUUUAUGCCGUGUUGCAGUUGCAGUGAUUUGGAUUAGACCCUUUUUUGGUGGAACAGAUGUGAAUUCAAGCAAUGCUUUCUCUAUGGGUACUAGAUACUCUAUUGGUAGAAGACCGUGAUUGUAAACAAGUGCUGACAGUCACUAAAGCACAUAACACGGUUGAACGGCUGCCACCGUGAGUGAGUUUAUCUGUUAAGUGGUGAACUAAAUCGACUAAACGUGUAUGUUUGUGGCAAGUGUGAACUACACCGUGAAGGGUACUGCCGGUUGGGAUUUCAAAAGCCUCGGAAUGCUACAAAAUCGGAGAAAGAGAAGGACGAACAGUGAGGAAGUGAUGAAGAGGACCACAUUAAGAUCAGUAUUAUUAGCAUUUUUGUGUUCCUUUCAUGUGGUGCCGCUUGUCGUAUCGUCAGAAGUUACAGCUCCAUUGACUGAUCCAAAGUUCAGUGCCCCAAUAGUAAAUGUUACGGCAGCCGUUGGACGGGAAGCAAUGCUGACAUGUGUGGUUCAUGAUCUAGGUGCAUAUAAGGUUGCGUGGUUGCGGGUUGAUACCCAAACAAUUUUGACCAUCCAGAACCACGUGAUAACCAAAAACAAACGGAUUGGGAUCACCUAUACAGAAAAGAAAACGUGGCAGCUGCGGAUACGAGAUAUUCGCGAGAGUGACAAAGGCUGGUACAUGUGUCAAAUCAACACCGACCCGAUGAAGAGCCAAAUGGGGUAUUUGGAUGUUGUAGUUCCUCCAGACAUUCUGGAUUACCCCACAAGCACUGAUAUGGUGGUUCGAGAAGGAAGCAACGUGACAUUGCGAUGUGCGGCCACUGGCUCACCAGAGCCAAUGAUCCUGUGGCGAAGAGAGAAUGGCGAAAACAUAUCAUUGCAUGACGGACAGAUUGUACAAUCCGUCGAAGGGCCAACGUUGAGCAUACCGAAAGUCAAUCGGCUGCAUAUGGGGGCCUAUCUGUGCAUAGCGUCGAAUGGUGUGCCGCCAUCCGUCAGCAAACGAGUAAUGUUGAUUGUUCACUUUGCUCCAAUGAUAUCGGUUCCGAAUCAACUUGUCGGUGCGGUGGAAGGACAGCGAAUGACACUCGAAUGUCAUUCCGAGGCGUAUCCCAAAUCUAUCAAUUACUGGACCCGUGAGAAAGGGGACAUUGUACCUCAAGGCGGAAAAUACGAACCGGUGCUGAUAGACAACGCAUACAAAGUGGUGAUGAAACUGAGCAUCAAGGUUGUGAGCCAGGCCGACUUUGGAUCGUACAGGUGUAUCGCCAAGAAUUCCCUCGGGGAAACCGAUGGUGCCAUUAAACUAUAUAAGCUUCCUAAAAGUGCAAUCAGUUCGGUGGACAUGUACGAGGGGCGAAAGAAGAAUAAGUCUCGCAAGGGUCACACGUUUUACGAAACUAAUGACGUUAUAGAAGACGGCACGGAAAGCACAAGCAGACGGAAAGAUCUGAUUGUCGGUGGAAUGAAUGAUGAAAGCUAUGGAAUAUCAAACUCGGCCGCGUCUCGACGAAGGCUGCCCUUCCUGUUCAAAACAAUGUUCUUCGUGCCGUUGAUGUUAUUUUGCUCCGCUCGGCUGCCGACAGUAUGACGCUUGUAAUGAAUAGGCUGCGAUUGGGCCAAGAAAUAGGGUCACAUUCCCAUAAGUAGUUGUUUCUUGUAAUCGAGUACGUUGAAUGAAAGAGAAUGCCUGUUUAGCUAAAUUAUAUACAAUAGACAGAAUGCAAAAAAAAACUGUUCUGUAAAUAACAUAAACCUGCAAGUGGGUAUAUCUACUUGGGAAACAAAAGCAAAAAUGAAACAUAUCGUUAGGUAAUCAGAAUGUUAAAACUUAAAAUCUAGGAUAAAAUUAUUCCAUAUGCUGAUGUUUUAUUGUACCGUGGAAUUGAAAAGAGAGCAACUUGUAUUAAGAGGCAAAUUUAUCAUGCUAUCAAAGACUUAUGGAGGCUAUAAUACUCGUAACGGUUAAGGCUUAGAUUAAGUACGGCAGGAAGAUAUUAUCCCGUACAAUGCAAAGAUGAGCGGCUUGUCAAUAUACAUGUAAAAAAUAUUCAACCAAAAUUGAUUAAUAAGAACUGUGAAGAAUA